AUGUUUAUGUUGCACUUGCUACUCGCUGCACUUAGCUUUGGUGGAGAGGCGGCAUGCUAUGGUGACGGACUGUUUGCUGCUGAGAAUUGGCCGUUCUGCCAGGACCUGGGUAACGGGCUGCUGAUGUACUUUGGUCCCAGUACCGAUGGAGACUUCAUGAAGCUGGGUCUUCACGCCGCGAAUUUCACAGGGGGAUGGAGCGCUCUGGGCAUCGGUGGAAAUGGCGGCAUGAAGGGUGCCCAGCAGAUUGUGGUUCGCAAGGUCAAUGGCGACUUCGUGGCAGAGGAGCGCUAUUCCACGGAUUAUGUGACACCCCAACUUCAAGCGACUCAAGAAGUCUUGCUUUUCUUUGCAUCCGAGAGUGAUGGACAUACCUCCUGGGGCGUCCUUUUACCCACAAAGUCCUGUCAAGCGGGCGAACGGUAUGCCGUGGAAGAUGUGGGGAUGUACAUGCAUUGGGCCUUGGGUGACUCACAUGACUUUGGUUACCACACCUCGCGCGGACAGUUCCACACGAAUCUGGUGGCCGGACCACCUGCGCCACCACCAGACAUGAGUGCUUAUGAUGCAGUCUUGCUUACCAUGCCGGAGGUUCCCGUAGUCUUGGGAGAAGGUGGGAGUGAUGCAAAGAACCCCUACAUUUGCGGCAUCUUUGAUAUGGACCAAGUCUUGCCCAACAUGCGCAUUGCUUCGGAGAAACAUCAUGCUGCGAGCUUUGCGCCCAUCUUGGAUUCAGCAUCCAAAGAGUUUGUGCACCACAUGGUUCUAUUUGAGUGCACCGAGCAAGCUGCGCUGGAGAACAAUUUCACCCACCAGCAAGUCAUCAGCAACUGUGAGCGCAUGGUGCAGGGGUGUCAGAGCACGAAAUGGCCCUGGGCAGUCGGGGGUGAAGAUUUAGUGCUGCCCACAGACGUCGGCAUCCCCAUUGGAGAUGGAGCUCGCUGGUAUGCACUGCAAGUGCACUACUACAACCCGCGCAUGCAGACAGGUGUGCGCGACAGCAGCGGGGUUCAUGUGAGCCUGGCGCCCAGCCUGCGCACCUACGAUGCGGAGAGCUUCGGUCUCAUGGGCGGAGUGAACCCGAUGCAGCGAGACCCUUUGCCACCGGGUCAUGCCAACUACGAGAUCCCCAGCAUGGUGGUACCGGCCGAGUGCACACAGCAGUGGACCGCCGAGGAGAUCACCGUCUUGGGAGUGAUGCAUCAUGCUCACCUGGUAGGCAAGAAGCUCAGCAUCCACGUGAAUCGCAAUGGCAAAUAUUUGGGGGAAAUGCGUCGCGAAAAGGUCUAUGAUUUCAAUCAUCAAUCCCUGGAGGGUUCGUCCAUCAAGAAGCUGAAAAGGGGAGAUGAGCUGACCUUAACUUGUAGCUAUGAUACCUCCAAGCAGAUGGCGCCUACGAGUUUCGGCGACUUCACUCAAGAUGAGAUGUGCUUGGCCUAUUUUCUUCAUUACCCCGCACAGAAGGCACGACGUAGCAUUUUCCUUCGUGCCAUGGGCAACAACCGGAUCUCCUUGUGCAUUGACCCUGCGGUCAUGAGUGGCUUCCAGGUAGGCCAAGGUGAGGGUGGUGCAAAUAGGACCCAGCUCAUGAACAUGGCCAUCACCUCGCAAGCUCCAUCUUUGACCCCUCCAACAUGUCAAGCCCGUGGCAACUUGCGAUCUCUGGCAGCCAUGGAUGUGCUGAGUAGUAUGGGGGUGGAUGUCUCGAACUUUGUAGUGGAUCAUUCUCAUGCCAAGGCCAUAGGUUUCUUCACUUGUGCUGCGACUUUCCUGGGGCUUUUUAUGUGA